UUUUUUUAAUUUUGCUAAUUCAAUCUGCUUUUACUAUAGGAAUUAUUCAUUAAAUAUUUGACAUGGGCCGGGGCAAUACUAUACUCUUUACAUCUCUAGCACUUGGCAAAGGAGACCGUCUACUUCUACAGUUGAUUUCCUUUGGUCAUCCCUGAAUUAAACAAAUUGAAAGGAUGAGUGAACUGGAACAGUUGAGGCAGGAAGCAGAACAGCUGCGGAAUCAGAUCCAGGAUGCUAGGAAAGCAUGUAAUGAUGCAACACUUGUUCAGAUCACAUCAAAUAUGGACUCUGUGGGUCGAAUACAGAUGCGAACAAGACGUACGCUGAGGGGCCACCUCGCCAAAAUCUAUGCUAUGCACUGGGGAUAUGACUCAAGGCUCCUAGUCAGUGCUUCCCAAGAUGGAAAAUUAAUUAUUUGGGAUAGCUAUACAACAAAUAAGAUGCAUGCUAUUCCCCUGCGGUCCUCCUGGGUGAUGACCUGUGCAUAUGCUCCUUCUGGUAACUAUGUUGCUUGUGGCGGCUUGGACAACAUCUGCUCUAUAUAUAACUUGAAGACUAGAGAGGGGAACGUGAGGGUGAGCCGGGAGUUGCCUGGUCAUACGGGCUAUUUGUCCUGCUGUCGAUUUUUAGAUGACAGCCAAAUUGUUACAAGUUCAGGAGAUACAACCUGUGCUUUGUGGGACAUUGAAACCGCCCAGCAAACCACCACAUUCACUGGGCAUUCUGGAGAUGUGAUGAGUCUCUCUCUUAGUCCUGACAUGCGGACUUUUGUUUCUGGUGCUUGUGACGCCUCUUCCAAGCUAUGGGACAUUCGAGAUGGGAUGUGCAGACAGUCCUUCACAGGCCAUGUCUCCGACAUUAAUGCUGUCAGUUUUUUCCCAAAUGGAUAUGCCUUUGCCACUGGCUCCGAUGAUGCUACUUGCCGGCUCUUUGACCUUCGUGCAGACCAAGAGUUGUUACUGUAUUCUCAUGACAACAUAAUCUGUGGGAUCACUUCAGUAGCUUUCUCAAAAAGUGGGCGUCUCCUGCUAGCUGGUUAUGAUGAUUUCAAUUGCAAUGUGUGGGACACGCUGAAAGGAGAUCGUGCAGGUGUCCUUGCUGGUCAUGACAACCGUGUAAGCUGUUUAGGUGUAACUGAUGAUGGCAUGGCUGUGGCAACAGGCUCCUGGGACAGUUUUCUUAGAAUCUGGAAUUAACAAUGCCAUGUUUUUGGUUUUUUUUUUUUUUCUGUUCUCCAUUGAUAUCUGGAGAAAUCAAUGCUACAGCCUAUAGCUGUGAAAACAAAUUCUACCUUGUAUUUGCAGGUGAAGAUUUUUAUUACUAUAUUAAAUACAAAAAGCUUUCAGUAAACUACAAAAAAAAAGUGGAAGGAAAAACAAGGCAGGGUGCCUGAUGAGAUCAAAAGGACCAGGGUUAUUUGUUAAUUUGAAGAGUCAGUUUAAUUUAACCUUGAUAAAUUUUUGCUUUUUUUUUAAAAGCAAGAAUAUACAUUUUAUAGCAGCUGCCCAUGGUGUUUUACUUUUUGUUAAGAACUACAUUUUAAAUUUUGUAUAUACAAGAAAUGUCUUUGAGUUAUAUAAUGCAAGAAUCAGGCCUCAUAGUAAAUGGAAGUGAUAGGACGUAUGUGCUACAUUUAAGGGGGUCCACUUGAAUUCUAACCAACCACUUAAUGUUUAUGAGUACUGUCAACAUGGUGGUACUCGCCUAUAAUCCCAGCAUUCAAGAGACUGAGGUAGGUUACUGUGAAUUCGAGGCCAGCCUAGGAUCUAUAGUGAACUACAUACCAAGACCCUGUCUCCAGAAAACUAAUUAAUAAUGUUGAUAGGUGAGGUACCUCUGAAAAAAGUUGUUAGUUUCUUGUGCUUCCUUUCCCAUAUCAUUCUACACAAGUGAUCAUUUUCAGUCCUAACGCAAACGCCAGACAAUAAAGAUUACACUCUGAUGUUUUGGACAUACCUAGGAAAUUUCAUUAGAAUUUAUUACAUUAAUAAAAUUUAAGUACCAGCAUAUAUAUAAUUCUUGGCACUUUAAAAGCCUGGUCAUGAUCAGUCAACACUUUUGUGUACUCUAAACCACUGGAGAGGUUUUUAGAGUACACUUAUAGUUUAGAAGUUCAAUAAACACCUAGGUUUUCUCUCCAUCCAUCUGAAGAAUCUUACCUAGUGUUCUCUACUAGUAACAUCUAGACAGGAAACACUGGGACAGGAGUAACAUUUUUGAGAAAUAUAAAAAUUGACCAUUUGCUAGCAAUGGUUUGUUAUCCGGUUCUAACAAGGUAGCUUUAUGAAUUUUGUGUAAUAUAAAAUUAAUGGUGGCACACGCUUGUAAUCCCAGAAAUUGGAAGCUGAGGCAGGAUUGCUGUGAGUUCAGUGCCAGCCUGGGCUAUGUAGGUGAGUUCAAGGCCAACCUGAACUACACAAAAACCCUGAAUUUAUUUAAACUAUCCAGCCCGCACCUUUCCUAAAAUGAAACAUUUAAGCUUUUUGCUUGCUUGUAAUAAUUGGUUUCUAUGUGGUUUUGCUUCACAAAAUAUCUAAAUCUCAGUGAUGCAACUUUAAAGCCAAAUUCCUAAAGCAGUUUUCAAAGGAGCCAGGAAUAUACCAAGACAUCCUUCCACUAUAAUAUCAACUAUUAGUAGAAUGUUCCCACUCCUCAAUUCAAACAAAGAUACGUUUCCUCUCUGGUUUUCUCUCUCCUAGAAAAAUGUAAGUGACUGACAGACUACUUAAGUCUUGCUUGAUGUGAAGUCAUAUGUCAUUCUGAUAUAUAGAAAUGCGUUGUUUUGUAACUUAGUAAACUGUUAUUAUUCAGAUAGUUAACUUGAUCACCUGUAAUCCUAAGAUAAAUUUUACUUAUUUCAUCUUUAUAUUGUACAUAUGCUGAGAUUGUGCAUCAACUAUAGUGAAAGCAGUAUUAAUUAAGGUCAGUUGAUACUAGAAAUAGAAUAAAAUGGAUAGGGGCAAUGUAGGACCAAAACAGAAUUCUGUAGAUGUUAGGUAUAAAUGUGUAUUUGUCUUGUGGUUAGGAGUUCUGUGAACUGUUUGCUAUUAAUGUGUAUUUGUGAACUAUUUAUAUCACUUCAUAAAGAGCAGCUCUUUGAAAUAGGGCACAUUUAAAAAGAAAAUAUUCAUUUCCAAAAUAUGGGGUUCAGCAAUUCAUCCCAAAUUCCAGUUCAAGACAGCAUUUCUGUUGUGUCAAUAACCAUAGACACACACACACAUUUUAUACAUAUAUGUAGACAGUAUCUCGUUACUGUAAUAUAGAAAGGCACAAAACAAGACUAGAAUUCAAUUGUCUUAACAUUUUAAAUGACAUUUUGUUAUUAAAGUUUGGAGGAAUUUAAAGUGAUUCCUAUAAUAUGUACUAGACAACCAAAAAGUAACCACUGUUUAAUAUGGUAGCUAAUUGUACCAAGGACCAAUUGGUGGCAAAGUAUUUUCACUACUGCAGUAAUUAAACUUUCUCUUCUACUAAUAGGGAUUCCAGUUGCCAAGUUUAUUUACUUACAGUUUGAGUUCUGCUGAUUGUCUAAUUCUGUUGUUGCUCAUAAGAUUUCCUGAAAUCAAUGAGCAUAUAAUUUUUUUUUUUCGGUACUGAGGAUGAAACUCAGGACUUUGUGCUUGCCAGGCAGGUACGGCACCACUGAGCUACAUCCCCAGCUCAUUGAGUGUAUAAUUUGUAUCCACAAUGUGUAGUUUUGAUUUUAAGAUUUUCAAGAUUUAAAAAUAUGACCAGAUUCAAAGAAUUUGUAUCACGAGGAACAUUAGUUUUCUUGUGCCUCUUAAUUUUUCUUUACAUUUUAACAUAGGCUGGGGCUGUAGCUCGGUAGUAUAGCACUUGCCAAACAAGUGCAAGGCCCUGG